CUCAGUGCCCAAGAGCUCUUUUCACCGGUUUGCUCCUCCGGCCAGGGCUGGGCGGAGCACCCCCGACCCCGCUCGGAUCCUCCCAAGGGCCACCGCGUCUCCCGGGAUCCCAGGUGUGGUCCCUGCGCGCGAUCGCGCAGACCCCUUGGCUCUUGCUCAACCCUGCAGCCCCCGUGGACUGAAACGCGCCUCCAGCAGGUCCCCAGUGUCCUGUAAACUUUGCUUAAGAACAUCCUGAGAGUUGCUUAAUUUAGGGGGCGACCUGUUCAAAAGAUUUGGCAGCCUUCCUUGGCAAAGAAGAUUAGAACUAGGACUUUUUGUGCAGUAGUGUGUGUGAGCGCGGAAGCAACCGGCCAGGCAGGAAUUUUUACUCUCUCGUAAUGGCCUGGUGAAGUAGGUCAGGGGUGCGUAUUUCUCAAAGCAAUGUAAUGUGUUUUGGCAAACAGGAAGAGCAGCUUGCCUUGGGAAAGUUAGGAAUGACUGAUAAAAUUUUUGUAAAGCCUUGAAAUAGCUUGUUCCUCCUCCCGAACUCCCCACCCCCCUUUCCCCUUCAACGUGACUGGGAAAUGUAAAAUGAUUUCUGGGUGUCCUUGCUUGAUGGUGCCGCGUUUGUUCAAGGCAUGUUCUUUUUAAAUAUUGACAGUAGAAUGCAACAGAACCGAGGCCAUUAAAGUUCAGAACAAGUUGUUUGGUUCAAGGUUUACUGGUUCAAGGUUUACAGGAAGUAAGUUCAACCUCUCUCGCUUAGUUUCAUUGAAUUGUUUUCACAACAAGAGUUGCUGCCAAUAGGGAUCCUGUUGGACACAGACAAACCAUGAUAAUCUAAAACUAAGACUGGGCUCUGGAGGGCUUGAUCUGCUUCAGAACUCCUCCAUUGGAAAGGAUUCUGAAAGAAAUGAAGAAAACCAUCAGAAAUGAAGUCAGUACCCUCGUGGGCUUCUGUUGACUGGACUAGAUUUCUCUUACUGCCGUUCCUUGGAAUGACACUGUACAGAAUGUCGGCUGAGGUCAUCCAUCAGGUGGAAGAAGCACUUGAUGAAGAUGAGAAGGAGAUACUUCUUUUUUUGUGCCGAGACAUUGCUGCAGAUGUGGUUCCACUUAAUGUCAGGGACCUUCUGGAUAUUUUAAGAGAGAGGGGAAAGCUGUCUCUGGUGAGCCUGGCUGAGCUGCUCUACAGAGUCAGGCGGUUUGACUUGCUCAAGAGGAUCUUGAAGAUGGACAGACGGACAGUGGAGGCCCAGCUGCUCAGGCACCCUCAUCUUAUUUCAGACUAUAGGGUGCUGAUGAUGGAGAUUGGUGAGGGUUUGGAUAAAUCCGAUGUGUCUUCAUUAAUCUUCCUCAUGAGAGAUCACGUAAGCCGAAGCAAGAUGGCCAAGGAUAAGAGUUUCUUGGAUCUUGUGAUUGAAUUGGAGAAACUAAACCUGGUUGCUCCAGAUCACUUGGAUUUAUUAGAAAAAUGCCUAAGGAACAUUCACAGAAUAGACCUGAAGACGAAAAUCCAGAAAUACAAGCAGUCUGCUCAAGGAGCAGAAACAAAUUAUGUAAAUGCUCUCCAGGCAUCUCUGCCAAACUUGAGUAUCAAGGACCCUUCAUAUAACCUAAGGCUCCAGAAUGGGAGGAGUAAAGAACAAAGCCUCAUCUUGGGACAUCCAGAUUUUCAAAGAGACCCAGUGAAGACAUCCAUUCAAGAAUCUGGGGCAUUUUUGCUUCAGCAUGUACCGGAAGAGAGAUAUAAGAUGCAGAGCAAGCCCCUAGGAAUCUGCCUGAUAAUUGAUUGCGUUGGCAAUGACACAGAUGUUCUUCGGGACACCUUCAGUUCCCUGGGCUAUGAAGUACAGUAUUUCUUGUAUCUGAGAGUGGAGGAAAUAAGCAAGAUUCUUCGCAAAGUUGCCCGUAUGCCCCAACACCAAGACUACGACAGUUUCGUGUGUGUCCUUGUGAGCCGAGGGGGCUCCCAGAGCGUGUUUGGCGUGGAUAAGACUCUCUCCGGGUUCCCUUUGGAUCAUAUCCGAAGGAUGUUCAUGGCAGAUGUAUGCCCUACUCUCUUAGGGAAGCCAAAGCUCUUUUUUAUUCAGAUCUAUGUGACAUCAGAGGGCCAGCUGGAGGACAGCAGCUUCCUGGAGGUGGACGGGCCAUCAGUGAAAAGUAUGGAUUCCAAGGCUAGGCAGCCAGGGACCUGCACAGUUCACCGAGAAGCUGACUUCUUCUGGAGCCUGUGCAAAGCCGAUGUGUCCCUGUUGGAGCGGCCCUCCAGCUCAUCGUCAGUGUACCUGCAGUGCCUCUCCCAGAAGCUGGGAAAAGAAAGAAAAGUCUCACUCCUGGAACUCCACGUUGACCUCAACAACAAAGUAUAUGAUUGGAACAGCAGAGUGUCUGCUAAGGAGAGGUACUACGUCAGGCUGCAGCACACUCUAAGAAAGAAAGUCAUCCUCUCUUGCAAAUGAAGAGCCAAAGGCCCCUCUUAGCCCUGCAGUCUCUAUUACUGGCCAGAGAGUAGUGUCCAAGCCAGGGUGUGUGUGUGUGUGUGUGAGAGAGAGAGAGAGAGAGUAUGAGGUGGGUGAGGCAAAGUCUGGGCUGGUGCUAAAAUGACCAUCUCUGAGGAAUGCCGGAUGGGAAGAAGUGUUUGAACCAGAGCCUCUGAGGUGAAGGUCUUGGUCUCUAUUGCUGAAAUAGCCAGGUCAUUGUUGGGAAGGAAACAGCUUUGAAAUGUCAAAACUGAGUACUGUGGGAGUUCCCGUCGUGGCUCAAUGGUAAACGAAUGCGACUAGGAACCAUGAGGUUGCGGGUUCGAUCCCUGGCCUUGCUCAGUGGGUUAAGGAUCCGGAGUUGCUGUGAGCUCUGGUGUAGGUUGCAGACGCAGCUUGGAUCCCGAGUUGCUGCGGCUCUGGCAUAGGCUGGCAGCUGUAGCUCUGAUUCGACCCCUAGUCUGGGAACCUCCAUAUGUCGAGGGAGCAGCCCAAGAAGUGGCAAAAAGACAAAAAACAAAACAAAACAAAACUGAGCUCUAUGGCAUUCCCUCUGUGGCUCAGCGGAAUUGAUUCUGACCAGUAUCCAUGAGGACACAGGUUCGAUCCCUGGCCUCGCUCAGUGGGUUAAAGAUCCGGCGUUGCCGUGAGCUGUGGUGUAGGUUGCAGACUCAGCCCAGAUCUGGCGUUCCUGUGGCUCUGAUGUAGGCUGACAGCUAUGGCUCCGAUUAGACCCCUAGCCUGGGAACCUCCAUAUGCCGCUGGUGCAGCCCUAGAAAAGACAAAAAGACCAAAAAAAAAAAAAAAGAAAGAAAAAGAAAAAGAUACACAGCAAUGGAAUCAAACCAUAACUAGCACUUGCAGUCUUACCUUAUUUAUAUUUUUAAAGUUGGUUUUAUGUGGUAUGUAUCUCAAUGUGUUUAUCUGUGUGUUUUGACAUGUUCACUCAACACAGACUGAAAAGUAUGAAAUGAAUAGUUUUCAGAUACUUUGUACACUUAUUUCUACCUUUAGCAAAGGUAAUUUUGACCUUCAUGUGUUAAUAACUCCUGGGGAAAUGGGUCUCCUGAAGAUGCCUUUCUUUACUGGGAGUACCAGCUGGAAUCACUUGUAUGCUUGACCUCAUGAUCCAGAACCUUGCAUUAACUAUUACAGGGGGGAGCUGUUUGAGGGGAGUCUUAAUAACUAAGGUAACAUUUGCAUCCUUCUUAGAUCUUAUCUAAGAUCAAGAGUAGAGAGUCUAUGCCUCAGGCAUGAGAUUUAAGACUUAGUGUAUGGAGUUCACGUAGUGGCUCAGAGGGAUUGAUCCCUGGCCUUGCUCAGUGGGUUAAGGAUCCGGGCAUUGCUGUGAGCUGUGGUAUAGGUUGCAGACACGGCUCAGAUCAGUGGCUGUGGCGGUGGCUGUGGUGCAGGCCAGCGGCUACUGCUCAGAUUCAGCCCCUAGGCUGGAAAUCUCCAUAUGCGUUGGGUGUGGCGGUUAAAAAAAAAAAAAAAAAAGCUGGUGUGCCUUUCAAGGGGACUUGAUCCCAUCAUCUACUUGGAUGAGCUGUUUUUAUAUUUAGACUUUACCCAUUGCUUCAGACCUGACCUACAAAUUACUGAAAUUAUUGACUUUGGCUAUCAGAUAUGCUUUGAUGUUUUUUUUGUGACCUAGAUUCCCCUGUGUAUUCUUGUUGUAACUUAAUGCCUACUUAUAUUUUAAAACAAAAAGUAGUCAUGUAGAGUCUUGUGUUGUAUCGAGGUCUGAAGUUUGAAAAUCUUUCAUAGUCACAUGUGUCUUCUUAGCUCUAGAAGGUUGACUACUGUAUCAUUCACAAUGUUUUAGAUGAAAGUAUUAUCUCAAUGAUCCUACCUUUCCAAGCCUGUCCUCUUCCAGCAGAGAGGCUCACAUGGCCACAUAGUUCUCCGUAGCCUAUCCAACCAGUGCGGUGAAAAUCCAGACUUGUCCAGUCACCAUCUUUUCUUUCUUUCCCUUCCCUUUUUAUUUAUUUACUGAUUUUUCUUUUUCUCUUUUCCCCUUCCCUUUUUAAGAGCGAUUAUUUGUAAUAAACAAAGUCAUACUGUAUGGGACAGAGAACUGUAUUCAACACCCUAUGAUAAACCCUAAGGAGAAAUAAUGUGAAAAAGAAUAUACAAGUGAGUCAUUUUGCUGUACACCAAACAUUAACAAAACAUUUAAAUCAGCUCCACUUCAAUAAGGUUUAAAAGAAAAAUUUUAAAAAGCAAUUAUUUAUUAGGUGAAACUGUGUUGUCUGUUUACUUUUGCCACUUUUCUGUCUUUGGAUCACAUUAUUUUUAUUAAUGCCCCUCUCAUCAGUCAGCCCACGGGUCCCGGGGAGAGAAAGCGAAGUGUUUGCUUGACCGGCAAGGGAAAUGGGGCAGAGUGAAAAGGGACUUCGAUUGCAGGCCCAGGCUGAAAAAAUGGGAGGAAUAGGCCCUUUCCUUUCCUUGCCUACGUACAGAGUUGUUCUGAGAGGGAACUGAGAGGGCCUUUAUGACCGUACCCAGUGAGAGAGUUCUUAUGACUGCUGUGGCGAUGCUGUGCGACCAUAGCUGUUAUUAUCAUAGCACAUCACGGGGGAGGUAUUUUGAAAAGUUGAACCGAACCUUGAAAAUUGGUUGGAUUUUAGCAGGUUGAGGUGGAGAAGCGAAUGUAUUGCAGGAGAAGAAACACAUCGAAGGAAGGUAUAGAUAGGGGAAGUGAAAGGCAUGUUUGAGAACCUAACGUUGAGGUGGGGUGGAGAGAAUGCGAGCGAUGGUGAGUGAUGAGCCAGGAGGUGGAGGUGGGGUAUGUGUGAAAAGCUCUAAAGGCCCCCAUCUUUGUCUUUAAGUCAGGCUCUUGUAUGUUUAAGUUAUUCUUCUGACUUUAUUUAUUUUUAUUUUUUAUGUUUUUGCUUUUUAGGGCUGCAUCUGCGGCAUACGGAGGUUCCCAGGCUAGGGGUCAAAU